AAAGAGCCGAUUGGCCCGCGGUCGAGUCUAGUUCCCUUCAGCUUCCGCCCAAGGGAAGCUGUAAUUUGACACACACCAAUCACUUUUCUCCUCAAGACGUUCCUCCUAUUGGCCAUCGGCGAGCCGCGGUUGUGGUGGCAACCAAUCGGCUCCCUUGCAAGGAUUAUGCCACCCACUCCCGACGAUCCUACUUGCCCCCCUAGAAGCAAGUCCCCCUCUUCUGUUUACCUCAGGUUCCGUUUGCUGGGUCUCCUCGCGAGACGGUGGAUCGUCGCUAUGCUCCUUUGCCGUUGUCCUCCUUAGUAGUUCGCUCGGCCCUUUCUCCCACAACUUUUUAUAUGAAGUGAAGCUGGAGAACAACUAUGGCAGCUUUGGAUACUAAAGUGAAAGCCAAAAAAACUCUGGGAACGGUUGAUUACGUGGAGUCCUCAGAGUUUGCGCAAGGAAUUCUGCCUACAAAGAAGGAUGUCAUUCAAAACAUGUUGUACCUUUUACAUCCAAAAAGGGCUGGGCAAGCCCAGCGGUCCAAAGAAGAUGCUGCCCAGUUGCUUGCUGAGCUUUUGCAGGAACACUGGUUGUUUUGCAAUUUGUACACCAUAGCAACACAAAGCAUAAAGAAUCAUAUUCUUAAGGUGUAUGAGGAAUUCUCAAAGUUGUAUCAAUCCAGAAAACGGAAAAAAAAUGAGCUGUUUACACAGAAAGCAGAUGACUUCAACAGGAGCUCAGAACAGCUUUUUGAUAUAUUUUGUACGGACACUGUGACAAGAGAAAAGUUGGAACAAUACAGUGGUGUGAAGAUGACAGACAUUGAGUGGAAAUUUCUUGAAGAUCAAAGGAGUGAAAGAAAAAUGUACUUUGAGGACUUCGUGGACAAGAAACAAAUGGAAACAAUAGAAAGACGAAGGAAAGUGGAGUCACUGGAGCAUUUCAGGAAGAUUGCAGAAGAAGAGACAGAGGCUUGUAAACGUAAAGGAGUGUCUUCUAACAGAGAUGAGCAGCCAGAUGAAGAUGUCAGUGAUAGGAAUAAAGAUGAUUCCUGUCUUGAACGCAACAAAGCAAUUGGAGACUUUUCACAUAAGGCAAAAAGAAAGCGCCUUUCUUCUGGUUGGAUUACUGGAACAGCAACUUCAACUAGCUACAACGAGUCAGUUCCUCCUGAAUGUCAGCAUAUACGUAUGAGCAUCAGAAAAGUCAGACCAGGGUUCUAUGAGACUUUUGACAAAUAUGAAAAUUGCUAGCCCAACAUCUGACUCUCUAAAGGAGAUUACUUCAUUGAAGUUUGGGGAGAUCUGAAAAUACCAUGAUGAGUUGAAAGUUGAUGUAGAUAUUAAGUUGGUCUCCAGUCAUGUACAGCAACAUCACCAAAGCAAUGGCACCAGUAGAGUCUGGCUUUUAGCUUACUGGAAAAGAUUAAGAUGUGAUUUGUUUAGUCCUGUAUCUGUACCUUCACAAAGCGAAAGUACUAGGUUCUAAAAGGCCAGAGUGUAGCAGAGGAAAAAACAAUGUCUGGAAGUUAAAACAAAGUAAAUGCAUGUUAAUAGGUUAAAUUACAUGAGAAUAAUUUAACCACUGGAGCAGGCUUCUUUGGAGGGUGGUGCAUUCUCUAUCACUUUCCACCCUCAUGGUGGGCUGCACACUCCUAAAAAACCUUUCUACCAAGAUGUAGUAUAGAAACCUGAUAUUAAAAAUGUCAGGAAAAAUACAGUCUCCUUUACAAAGCAGUAGUCAUAUUAAACAAUCUGUUUCUCAUUCCAACCUCAGUAUCUCCAAGAUUCAAAGUUUCUGUACAAUUCAGAAAAAGUGGAAGCUAAGCAGAUGGUUACUGAAAGGAGACAGUGAUCCUGGGGCUGUAUGAUGCAAAGCAGUUUUUUCUAAUAGACUGCUGACCAGUCUAUUUUCUAAUGACUCUAGCCAUUACAACCAGUAGAGCACGCUCUAUAGGAAAACUAAUUGGCCCAGUGAGUGCUCUGGUUUCGUGCAAAAAACAAAAAAAACUCAAUAGCACUUGUGUGGUCUUAUGAGACCAAGCGGCUGCAGCUCACAGUUAAUUCUUUGAGACUUGAAUGAGUUCAGCACCUUUCAGAACUAGGUAUUUGCAGGAGGAGGAAAAAAUGGAUUGCUUGGCUUGGCCUUGCAGAAUGCCUAGUUUCUAAGAGAUCUCUGCAGUUCUGAGCACCAGCUUUGUUUGAGAACAUUAGCUUGUGUGAGAAGAAAAGAAGGGUCAGGGAAUCUAAACAGUGACUGUAGGUAUAAAUGUGGUGACAACUAUCUGUAUAUUUUCUGCAUUCUUAGCAAUUAAAUAUCAUUGGUGGUGAGAAAAUAAUAUGUGACAAAGUAGGAUUUGUAAUUGGGAGUAUCUGAGACUUCCAUUUGUGUAAGACACCGAACAUAAAAUGAGUUGGGGCAGAUACGUUAUCUUAGAGGGAUGGUUAAAAAAAAAAAGACAACUGCUCAUGGGCUAUGCAUUCCAAAUGAGUGCACUGUGAUAUUUGCAACAGCGAAAGACCCAAGUGGUAGUGGAAUCAAACUACCCACUGAAUCAAGCUAGUUUUCAUGCUUGAUUCAGUAGGUUGUAAUUCUGUGUACAAUAGUCAUGUACACACUUUUUUUUCCUAGUUCAACUCUUAAGCAAAAUUACUGUUUUCAUACCUUAUUUGCUUUGGGAGGGGGCAUAGAGAAGGCUGCUGCACACAGUCUCUAGACAUGCCACCCUCCUCUGCAUGACCUAAUGGGUGAUAUGGACAUAUGUACAUAAAUCCAAAUGCCUAAUAAAUCUGUAAUUGUAUGAUCUCAAAAAGGGGUGAAAAGGUCCUAGAAAUCUGGGAACUCACACAGGCCCUUUUCACCCACUUUACUUAGGUGCACUGCCCAAUGGAGUGUACAGUGUUUCCAGAUAAGAAAUUAUGGAAUCUUGAAGCUGGUUCACAGAUACAUGUCAUCAGUUGAUGGCUCUCAGUUGAAUAUGUAAUUGCUCUCCAUUAAAAAACAAAAUGCUUGAGUUGA